AUGCGGGCGGCGGCGGGGGGCGCGCAGGCGGCCGCGCUGGCGCUGCUUCUGGGCGCACUGCACGGGACGCCGGCGAGCGGCGAGGAGUACGACUACUACGGCUGGCAGGCCGAGCCGCUGCACGGCCGCUCCUACUCCAAGCCGCCGCAGUGCCUCGACAUCCCCGCCGACCUGCCGCUCUGCCACACCGUGGGCUACAAACGCAUGCGGCUGCCCAACCUGCUGGAGCACGAGAGCCUGGCCGAGGUGAAGCAGCAGGCGAGCAGCUGGCUGCCGCUGCUGGCCAAGCGCUGCCACUCGGACACGCAGGUCUUCCUGUGCUCGCUCUUCGCGCCCGUCUGCCUCGACCGCCCCAUCUACCCGUGCCGCUCGCUGUGCGAGGCUGUGCGCGCCGGCUGCGCGCCGCUCAUGGAGGCCUACGGCUUCCCCUGGCCCGAGAUGCUGCACUGCCACAAGUUCCCCCUGGACAACGACCUCUGCAUCGCCGUGCAGUUCGGGCACCUGCCCGCCACCGCGCCUCCAGUGACCAAGAUCUGUGCGCAGUGCGAGAUGGAGCACAGUGCCGACGGCCUCAUGGAGCAGAUGUGCUCCAGUGACUUCGUGGUCAAAAUGCGCAUCAAGGAGAUCAAGCUAGAGAACGGGGACCGCAAGCUGAUCGGAGCCCAGAAAAAGAAGAAGCUGCUGAAGCCAGGGCCUCUGAAGCGCAAGGACACCAAGAGGCUGGUGCUGCACAUGAAGAAUGGCGCGGGCUGCCCCUGCCCACAGCUGGACAGCCUGGCAGGCAGCUUCCUUGUCAUGGGCCGCAAGGUGGACGGACAGCUGCUGCUCAUGGCCGUCUACCGCUGGGACAAGAAGAAUAAGGAGAUGAAGUUCGCUGUCAAAUUCAUGUUCUCCUACCCCUGCUCCCUCUACUACCCCUUCUUCUACGGGGCCGCGGAGCCUCACUGAAGGGCGCUCCUCCGGUCCCCCCAGCCAGCUGCGC